UGUGGAAGUGUUCCGUUUAUUUGUUCUUGGACUGACAUUGGCGGCGGGAAAACAUCACGGCGUUUUGUGGAGUCGCAUCGGGAGUUCGGAGUCAUGUAUGCAUGCAUGAUGCUGAUGAAAGUACGCAUCUUUUUGUAACAGUACGAGUACUCAGCGAGGCCGGCAAUGGGACAUCGGCCUGGGACAUCCCCGGGCCUGUCGACAAUCUGUGGGCGAGGUGGGCAUACCUUUCAGCUGCCGCUGGUGACCGCAUGCACAUGUGCUUGACUCACAGCAUCGGUAUAUAACUCGGCAAGCGAGGUAAGUCGAGGUCAUGAACUAUUUACCAACCCCUUCGGUGACUCUAUGGCGCAGAAGCAACCAGUUCGCACAACGGAAGUUGGCUAGUGUCCAAGCGCCAACGUCAUGGGCGGGCGAAGG